GGCCGGACCUCAGCCUCUCCCCGCGUCUGGCCGCCGCUGCAGCAGUGGUGGCUUCGCAUCUCCAAAAGGGGCCCUCCGACUCCUGGCUGAGCCAGUCGGGCGCUGGGUCGUGGGGCCCCGCACUACUCCAGCUAGUCCCUGAACCGGAGAUCCCUUCUCCCCAGAGUUGCGAGCAACUUUCCCCUGUCCCCGGCGCUGCGGUGGCUCGGGGACCGUGGCUGCCCGCCGCAGGUUGCUGAACCCCGGGCCACGCUCCCCGCGCUUCGGCUUUGCGCUCGUGUAGGUCGCUCCCUCUCUGGGUGCACGCUGGGGGUCCGCGACCUCGGCUCUGCGGGCGAGAUGCCCCUGGGACACAUCAUGAGGCUGGAUCUGGAAAAAAUCGCCCUGGAGUACAUCGUGCCCUGUCUGCACGAGGUCGGCUUCUGCUACCUGGACAACUUCCUGGGCGAGGUGGUGGGCAACUGCGUCCUGGAGCGCGUCAAGCAGCUGCACUGCAACGGGGCCCUGCGGGACGGCCAGCUGGCCGGGCCGCGCGCCGGCGUCUCCAAGCGGCACCUGCGGGGCGACCAGAUCACGUGGAUCGGGGGCAACGAGGAGGGCUGCGAGGCCAUCAGCUUCCUCCUGUCCCUCAUCGACAGGCUGGUCCUGUACUGCGGGAGCCGGCUGGGCAAAUACUACGUCAAGGAGAGGUCCAAGGCAAUGGUGGCUUGCUACCCAGGAAAUGGAACAGGUUAUGUUCGCCAUGUGGACAACCCCAACGGUGAUGGCCGCUGCAUCACCUGCAUCUACUAUCUGAACAAGAAUUGGGAUGCCAAGCUACAUGGUGGGAUCCUGAGGAUAUUUCCAGAAGGGAAAUCAUUCGUAGCAGACGUGGAGCCCAUUUUUGACAGACUCCUGUUCUUCUGGUCAGAUCGCAGGAACCCACAUGAAGUCCAGCCUUCCUAUGCGACCAGAUACGCGAUGACUGUUUGGUACUUUGAUGCUGAAGAAAGGGCAGAAGCCAAAAAGAAAUUCAGGAAUUUAACUAGAAAAACUGAAUCUGCCCUCACUGAAGAUUGACUGUGCUCUGAAGGUCACUGGCCUUGUUCGUUUUAGUAACAGUUCCUGAAUUUGCUUUAACAGUUGAGAUCCAAAGAUGGCCUCUUCAGUGACAACAAACUCCCCUACUGCUUGCAUCGUUCCCAUCCCCGUCUUACGCGUGGUACUUCGUGUUUUCUUGCCAAGACUGCACUGACCUGCAGAUGCUCUCUUUGCCAGAAGAACUUAUUUGCUCACUCCAGAAAUCCCUGCAGACAUCCUAGUUGGCCAGUGCUUUAACUGAUAGAUUUGAUAAUACUGGCUAUCAAGACGAGCCUAGGCGCACAGAGGAGGGGAUGAAUCUUACUUGCACUUUAUGUGUACUUCCUGAUUUGAAAGGAGGAGGUUUGCAAAGAAAAAUGAAAAUGGUGGCAGAGUGAAAGGUAUCAUGGAAGCCUUAACAACAAGAAACAGAAAUUUGUGUCAUCAAAACAAUUUCCAGAUGUUCUUAAUCCGGGGCUGUUGGAGUUUCUGGAGAAUUAUCACAACCUAAUGACAUUAUUACCUCCAUAAAGGGCUGCUGUCACAGUGAUCGAUUCAUAAGUGUCCUGUGGGAUGGACACUCCUUUUUCCCAGUCCUGCAACCCAGAUUUUCUGCCUCUGCCCCGUUUUGCUGACAAUACUGACUUUCUCAACAAAGAUGACAACACCGUUUAUUCUCUAUUUUCCUUUCUUACCUGGAGAACCUAAUUUCCCAGAAGCUAAAACUAGACAUUAGUUGUUUCGGUUGCUUUGUUGGAAUGGAAUUUGAAUUUAAAUCAAAGGAACAAAAUCUACCUGGUAGUUUAGUGUCAACCUCUGAUAACAGUGUGGAAAGAGCUAGGUUUACUGACAUACAAUAAACAUGUGUGCAUCUUACGCAAUUUGAGAGAGGAGAUAGAGUUGGAAAUGUGGGUGUUCCUGUUUUUUUCUUGUUCAGUUUUCCUUUUUAAUGAACCCACCCUUGUUCUUUAAUAAAAUAAAAAAGAAUAGGGUUCUGUAUUUUAAAAAGGAAAUGGAAAUAAAAAAAAAUCUCAAAAAACUAUUCGAGUUCUUCCACGUUGUCUGUCCCUAGCAGCCUUUCUCCAACUGACUUGACUUUUCAGAGCUACUGUGGUUGGUAGUGUGACCAGAAUCGUGGAAUUGUAGAACUGUGGAAUAUUCUACCACUGCACUCUACUGCAGCAGUACGCAGGGAUUCCGCUGCUUCAAGAACUCUGUAUUAAAAAACUUAUUUUAUGAAAAUUACCGUUCCAAGCUUUCAGUUUUACUUUCAUUUUUUUAAAUCCCUUUGAUUUCUUGCUUGAAAAUCCCAUGAACAUUAAAGAGCCAGAAAUACGUUCUUUUGCUAUGUGUAUACACAUACAUAUAUACAUAUAUAUAUGUAGAAAGACAGACUUUCCAAGAUAGAAGUUUAAUUCUUCCUCUUCUGGUUUUGGAAAAUUUUCAGAUAAAACUUGUCAUUCAUUCUCACAACUGCUCUAUUUUGUUGUAUCAUAGUACUUAUCACCUUCUAACUUACUAUGUAAUUUACUUAUUUAUUAUGUUUAUUGUCUUGUAUCCUUCUGCUAGAGUAUAAGCACAAUGAAGACAGGGAUUUUGUAUGUUUUUAAUCAAUGCAAUAUAUUCCCAGCACCUAAAAUAGUGCCUAGCACAUAGUAAGGGCUCAGUAAAUACUUUUUGAAUAAACUCGAUCUCCUACGUUAGCAUUCUCAUGGUUUGAUUCAUUUCCUCCGUAUUUGGCAGGAAGGACUCGCUGUGAUUUUUACACAUAUCUUUCUAACAUUGUUGACUUAUGAAUGUAGGCUAUGAGUUUUAGAAAGCUUUGGUCAUAGUGUCAUUUUAUAUUUGUUUACCUAUGAAUACGUCAUUCACUGACCACUAUGAAUCUGAAAUUUGAACAAACAAUAUUUCUGCCCUUUUGUAUCCUAGGACCAUAGGAGUAAAAUAAGAGUAACUUCAGGUAGGGAAGAGUACAUUCCUUCUUUGGAACAUUUUGAAAAACUUCAAUAAUAGAGAAAGAAGGAAGAUUGUUAGGAAUUUUAUAUUCUGUAAAAUUGUAACUUUUUUCCAUGAUUACUUAUGUCAUAAGAAUGAUACAAUAUUCAGAAGGAAUAUUAUAAUAUAUAGUUCCUAUGUCUUAUAUCUUUCAUUUUAUGACUUGUCAAGAGAUCUGACCACUUAGGCCUUGUUUAUUCUUCCCAAACAAAGGUCCUAUAAUCUAACAAACUAUAUAACAAAUCAAUUUUUUACACACACUGAUUUUACAUGCCUGAAUUUGAGUCCUGGAAGAUUAAGAUGGAAAAUACAACUUUAAUACUCUGUGUCUGCUUUUUGCUCCUCUCUUUGACAGUCAUUUAGGGGAAGACUUAGCCCUGCUGAAGAAACAUUUGGCAAAUAAUCUGAUCAAUUUCAUUUAUAUUCCUGGCAAUGAAAUGUUAAGAGCCUAUCUCACCGUUAUGUCACCUAUAUAGUUCAGAGUCCUUGGUAGGAGAUUAAAUUUUGAACCAAAGAUCCAAUUUCAUGGAAAUAAAAAGUCCUACCUAAGUGCAUUAAAUAGAUUUUUUAGUAGAGUAGUUAAUACCAUUUAAAUGCUGGACUGUCUGAAUCAUGAAUUAUCCAUUCAGACAUGAUUUUGUUUUUCAGGGUUUUUAGAGGCAGGGUUAUCCUAACUCUUUUAGCCAUUCAGCCUUGAAAUUUCCUGUGUUUUGGAUAGCAAUGGUGGGAAAUGCCACGCUGGGUCAGCAGUUUGUUUAAGACAGGAGUUUGGACAUGUCAGGUACUUUUAUAUUUGAUCGGCUAGGAGGAUAAGCACAAGGGAUAUUCUUAGUAAAGUUAUUUUCAUUAAAAAUAAUAUAAAAUUGACUUAGCUUCAGUCUUGAAUCUUUUGAAUGAUAUGAGAAGAAUACUGGUUUGUGAGGUGGUUAAAGAUUAUUGUCAGAACAGAGUGGAAAAAUAAACAGUUCUUUUCAAAUGAA